CCGAGCUCUGCCAGUCCGCGCGCCCGCCAGCUCCGGAGCUGCGCGCUCUGCCAGAUCCCGGGACGCGGCGCCCCCGGGGAGAGGGCGAAGGGACGCGGCGAUGGCUUCGCGGGGAUUCCCGGAUUUCGCCGUCCUCGCCGCUGCUGUCUUUGUGGCAGGCACCGUGAGCUCGCCGCUCGUGGCCCCGGACAGUGGCGGCAGCCGCACACUGCACUCCAAAGCAGAGACGACCCCGUCGCCCACUGACAGUGCUGGGAGCGGACACCCAGAAUACAUUGCGUAUGUGCUUGUGCCCGUGUUCUUCAUCAUGGGGCUCUUUGGCGUCCUCAUCUGCCACCUGCUUAAGAAGAAAGGCUAUCGUUGUACUACGGAAGCUGAGCAAGAUGUGGAGGAGGAAAAGGUUGAAAAGAUAGAGUUGAAUGACAGUAUGAAUGAAAAUAGUGACACCGUGGGGCGAAUUGUCCACUACAUCAUGAAGAAUGAAGCAAAUGCUGAUGUGUUGAAGGCCAUGGUAGCAGAUAACACCAUCUGUGACCCUGAGAGCCCCGUGACCCCCAGCACCCCGGGGAGCCCGCCCGUGAGCCCCGGGCCCUUGUCACCAGGAGGCACGCCAGGGAAGCACAUCUGUGGUCACCACCUGCACACAGUGGGCGGUGCUGUCGAGAGAGAUGUGUGCAAUCGGUGUCGACACAAGAGGUGGCACUUCAUAAAACCGACCAGCAAGUCCAAAGAAGGCCGCCCGAGGCGCCAAGGGGAGGUCACCGUCCUCUCGGUGGGCAGGUUUAGAGUUACGAAGGUGGAACACAAAUCCAAUCAGAAGGAGCGGAGAAGUUUGAUGUCGGUCAGUGGGGCUGAGAGUGUCAAUGGGGAGGUGCCUGUGACCCCUCAGAAGAGAGAACGGAGAGGCACAGAGUAGCAGGAAUGACUUUAUUUGAAGAGUUCUAAGAGACUGAAAACUUACGCGAUAUGAAGUUGUGCCCAAGGAAUGUUUUUUUAUCUUUUGUACGAUUUCUAUCGUGGAGUCUGCAGGCAUAUGGAAGAAAGCCAAAAAGGGAAUAUUGUUGCUCUGCUGAAGACGGGAUUCAGUUGGCUUUGAAACAAGUCUCAUGAGAAAAUUAUCACAUUUCCAGGGAAGAAAAGAGCUCAUUUUUUAUCUCCCCAACUGCCUCCAGCCACCACCCCGCAGUGUACACACCACAGUUUUUUCCAGGAUCAUCACUCUGUACGUGGAAGAAUGCGUGUACAGUCUGAGCUGAUGCUCUGUGUGUGUGUGCGCUCAUUGUGUGUGUGUGUGUGUGCGCGUGUGCACACAUGUACUUCUGUUUGCCCAACCCUUACUUCCUGUUUUACUACUGGUUGUAAGAAGAUUCUCUCACAGUGUAACUGUUACAGCAGAUAAAGAUGACUCUGGUAGUGAAAGAAGAUAAUCUAGUUUGGCCCUGAGAAACGGAUCCCCAAGAGGCCCUGGAGUCGGAUGGGAACUGGACGGCGGACUCUGGAUGCUGAGACCGACAAUUCAGCGUUGACUCCUGCUGCAUCAUGCCACUCUUAGGUCACUUAUAAAAUAUUGGGAAGUUGUGUGUUUGUUUUUAUUUUAACUUGAGCUAAACAGUUCUUAUUUAGUUUAUUCAAUAAAGGGGAAAGUGGUUUAAAGUCACAAAAACAAAAAAAUUCUUGUUUUGACAACCCAAGUCAAAAUAAAACGAAAAAUCUCCGCUUCUCAUGCCAGACGGGCCGCCUUCCCCGGCCCGAUUUCUUUAGUGCAUCGCUGUUUUCCAUCUUGUAGCUAAUGCCUGUUAUUUCAGAGUCUUGGUGGUUUUCCCCCCUUGGGCUUGGAAACCCUGCUUUUUCCUUUGCCUUAGGGUUUAUGAAACACCUGGAAGAGCUCAGAGGCAGUGAUAGUAAAUUUUCGGUGGGUCUGGGCCAAAGGCUGGGCGGGUCCACGUACAGGGAGCGUUCCCAGAGCCCUUGCUGCUUGCUCUGUUUCAGAGGGAGAAGCACAUUUCUCACUUGACCCCCAGGAGGUGAUUUCCAUUAAAAUGUAUUUAAAGUAUUUACUGUAAAUAUACUCAUUCCAUUCUGCUUCUGGCAUCAGACUAAAGUUUCUAACCUGUUAAAUGAAUUCCAUGUGACUUUUUACUGACAACUAAUUAAAAGGCAUACGUGUGUACAUACAUCGACACAGUGGACGAGAGGAAGCCAGUGUGGAGUAAAUUUCACUGAGGUCCAAAAAGUAGCAAUAUAGGAAUUUGGGGGAUGUGAAUUAGUGUAAAUGAUAAAUGUGCGAUCUAGACCAAUAGUUUUAGCUUUAGAAAAAAAAAAAGCAUCAUUUUUUGUUUGUUUAAAGAAUACGCUGUCAGAAUGGGGAGGGAUAAUAUGUAAGAUAUUCUUCAGCUUUAAUUAUUUUUUAACUUUAUUCAGGUCAGAGCACUUUUUGUAAUAGCAAUACAACAGGCAAGAGAAUACUCAAAAAUAUUUAAGAUGAUUGUAUUUAUACCAACAGUACAUUUUAAAUAUUUUCUGAUACUUGAGCAGUUUUUGUCUGUCUGCAAAAUAUGCCAAAAGUUAAGCAUUCAAUAUUUUCAACACAUAAGCUUUUUACUGGUUUCUAUGAUCUCAUAAGAACUCGUAAGUGUUCCCAAAGCGACCGAUGUUUACAGGCCUGUGCUGUCCUCCGCCCGUGAGGGACGUGGUCCGCACAGACUGACCACGCACAACACUAACGAUGGGCUGGCUGACUGCCGGUGAGUGAGUGGGCUGGCUGCCACCUCGAUGUAAAAAUUUGUAAAGGAAAAUUUUCACCCUUUUGAGUGUCACGUGUAUUUUUAACUGUCUGGUUUGUACUUUUACGACUUUUGUACUACCAAAGCAGAGUUAAAAAUAAAAAUGUUAGAUACAGUG